UCUUCUCUUCUUUUGUUCUCUCCUUGUUUUCUUCUUCUUCUUCUUCUUCUUCUUCUUCUUCUUCGCCACAAACAAAAACCCGCCUGUGAAAAUCCUACAUUUCCCAUGUGCCCCCGCGCUCACAGGAAGUGCGUCAUCACCCGUGACCUUCACCGAGGUUCAGUCCGCAGCGGAGAGAGAAGACGAGCAUGGCGAGUAAAGAUCCCGGUGGUUUUCUGCAGCUGCUGCGGCAGAUCGCAGGCAGGAUGUCGGCAGGACCUCGAGGAGCGGGAGUCGGUGUCAAACUGCUGAUCGGCGCCGGAGCUCUGGCUUACGGCGUGAAGGAGGCCACGUAUACAGUCGAAGGAGGACAGAGGGCAAUCGUCUUCAACAGGAUCGGGGGGAUGCAGAUGGACACGGUGCUCUCCGAGGGACUCCACCUCCGGAUUCCCUGGUUCCAGUAUCCCAUCAUCUACGACAUCCGAGCUAAACCCAGGAAGAUUUCCUCGCUCACCGGAAGCAAAGACCUGCAGAUGGUGAACAUCUCGCUGCGAGUUCUGUCGCGGCCGCUGGCGUCCAACCUGCCCCACCUCUACCAGCACCUGGGGAAGGACUACGACGAGCGUGUGCUGCCCUCCAUCGCCAACGAGGUGCUGAAGAGCGUCGUGGCCAAGUUCAACGCCUCGCAACUCAUCACGCAGAGAGCGCAGGUGUCUCUGAUGAUCCGCAGGGAGCUGUUCGAUCGGGCCAAAGACUUCAACAUCAUCCUGGACGACGUUGCGAUUACCGAGCUCAGCUUCAGCCGCGAGUACACGGCCGCUGUGGAGGCCAAACAAGUCGCCCAGCAGGAGGCACAGAGAGCUCAGUUCUAUGUGGAAAAGGCCAAACAGGACCAGAGACAGAAAAUCAUCCAGGCUGAGGGAGAAGCUGAAGCUGCCAAGAUGCUGGGCGAGGCCGUGACGAAGAACCCCGGCUACCUGAAGCUCAGGAGGAUCCGGGCGGCACAGAACAUCGCCAAGACGGUGGCGCAGUCCCAGAACAAAGUGUACCUGAGCUCCGACGGCCUGGUGCUCAACCUGCAGGACAGCGACAACUUCAAUUUGUCGUUUCAGAAGUAAAAGGGCCGCCGCCUCCUCGUCAGUUCGCCGCCGCCGUCAUCAUCAUUCCUCCAGUUCCGCUGUCACAGAGAAAAUAAAAAUCUUCCCGUCUCCCCUCUGCCGUCAGGAUCUGGGUUGAUCCGGGAGUCGGUCUCGUCUGUGGAACGUCGUCUCUCGACUGCUGUCACGUGGCUGUUGACUGUAAAUCAGCUCUUUGCUUUUAUUUUGGAAGGUUCCCUCUGGUGUCGGGGAAAAAAAGCUGAUUCCUGUUUUUGCUUUGUCUCCACGCGUCAUCGCAGACGAGUUCAACCUCAGAGAUUAAUUCUUGACCAAACACCAGAGGAAACUCUCUAAACCAAAAUCACAAAGAUCCAACAUGAACUGGACUCGUGUCCAGAAUACAGUUCUGGACAUUUAUGAAGAAGAAGUUCCUUUUCUACCACAUGACUUCUUUUCCCUCGACCACUGGCCCGAAUAUUAAUAACUCAUAAUAAUAACUUAUCUCUCCAUGCAGACAGUUGGCGGAGAUACAUCUCUGCUCUGAGACUGCGAUUAUGUUUCAGUUUAAAAAAAAAUGUUGUCUUUAAAUGUCUCAGCUUUUUGUUUACACAGAAAUGCGGCAAAUAUUUCAUGAGUCAGAUCGUCGAUCGUUUUCUCUGAUGUCGACCGAUCGGUUCGGAUCAUCGGCGACUUUGAUCAGCUCCAGUAAAUGUGAGAGAAGCGUCUUCACCUGUAAUGAAAUAAAAAAAAAGCGUCUGUAUGGACAAAGGGAGGAGAUGUUUACUUCCUGUUUACACGUCACACCUGUGUACGUGAAAGGUCAUGUGAUGUGUGUGUAUGUAGUGCAAGUUUGACAACACUGAACUACAGCAAGCUGCCGAUUAGCGUAGCUUAGCAUAAAGAGUGGAAACGGAGGGAAACGACUAGCUGGACGUUGGUUUGCACAUAACAGAAUCAAACCUUCCAGCUUCUACGUGGCUCAUUGGAUGAACAGAAUCAUCUGCUUUUCUGAUCUGUCGAUGAUUUUUGUUUUUGAUUUAUAUGAAAAAAAUCGGAAUAAAUAGUUUUGUCCUCCA